AUGACGUCUCGUGUUACAGCUACCAAGGAGACUUCGGCUAAGACCAAGAGCAAGGCCCCGGCGGUUUCUGCUGGGGCCAUCAACCUCGGGGCGCCUUUCGACCCGUUCUCGUCUUCGGACCCCUUCGGCGAUGACAAGCCCUCGAUCGAGCGCAGCGUCGGCAAGACUGCUGACAAGAUCCACAUCCGUCUCCAGCAGCGUAACGGUCGCAAGACCAUCACCACUGUCGCGGGCAUCCCCGACAAGUACGACCCCCGCAAGCUCCUCAAGGCUAUGAAGAAGGAGUUUGCGUGCAACGGACACGUCGUCCACUCUGCCGACUCGGACGAGGAGGACUCGCCCGCCCCCGGCAAGAAGGACGAGCACGGCAAGGUCCUCCAGUUCCAGGGCGACCAGCGUGCUUCCGUCAAGCAGUUCCUCGUCCAGUCUGGCCUGCUCACCGAGAAGGAGGCCAAGGACCAGAUUGUCAUCCACGGUUACUAG